AGUGACCUGCCUUGCAUGUACCCAAGUGUGUUGGUGGGUCCAGCUGAGGCCCAUGGUGGACCUGCUCGACCUUGGAGUUCAGGUUCUGCAGGGCUGGAGUCCUCAGAGCCGGCCUGGGGCCUGAUCACACACCUUGGCUACCCGUGACCCGUGGGGCCAUGGCUUCCUUGGGGAUCCAGAGGCCAAGAGAGCGGGACCGGGCGCUUUGAGGAGCGGAGGCGGCGGCUCAGGGCUCCGUGGUGGUGGGUGUGUUAAAAGGCAGCUCAGUCAGUUCAGGUGUUGGUCAAAGAUGCCCAGUUUGGAGAGCCUCCUGAAGGAGCAGGAGUGGCAAGAGGUGACCCAUCCUGUGCCAGGCUUCAGGCUUUUUGAGGAAGCCGUUGUUUGGGGAACCAUGAAUAAAGGGGGGUUCACUCAGGAAAGGAUUUGGGGCUCACCCAGAAGGUGUCCUGGGGGCCCUGGGAGCAGAGGAAGUCACAUCACCCCCAGCAGGAGCCUCUCCUCUCCCCUACUCGGCCCUCAGCUGUGUCCUCACCUCUUUGGGCUUCUCUGCCACCAUCAACCCCCUGCCCCCCCAGGCUCUGAGAUGUUGCUGAAUGUGCCAGUUUUCCUAGCAAGCAGGGAACGGCCACUUGCUGGAGGUUCCUUUUUAAAACACCCUUCUCCCUCUGCAUCUGCAGGAGGCCCUCGCCCUGCAGCUCUGCGGUCUAACCAGCCCCGCCAGGGCCUCGGGCAGUGCCGGCGCUGUGGGGGGAGGGGGAGUCCUCUGGCACCUCUCAGGUAGCGUCCCUCGGGGUGCAGAAGGGACCCUCCCGCAGGCAGACCCUGCCACCAUCCACGCAGGAAGGAAAGUGGGUCGUGGACACCGGCCUUGCCGAGUCCGAGCAGUUGUCUGCCUGUCACAUUUCAUCCUCACGACAACCUGAAGCACAGGUCCUUUUGUCGCCCCACUUUGCAGAUGAGGAAAUUGAGGCUCAGACAGGUGAACCGAGUAACAGCAGUCAAAGCCAGGGCCCUCUGCCAGCAGUACCACCAGACCCCUGCCACCCCGCUCCAUGGCACCUGUUGAGCCAGGCAUAAGCGUAGGUUCCAGGUGCAGCGAGAGCAGCCGGGGCGUUUACAAGGGCCAGCUGGGAGCACUUGGAAAUGAACCCAGGCUCUCAGCUGGCCCCCGGGCCUGAGCUCUGAUGGCGUCAGAGCCCCACCUCCCAAGGCCAGCUUCCCAUGCCCCCUACUCUCAUACUCGGGAGAUGGGAACAGACCCAGAUGGGCACUGCCCCCGUGGGGACCAGAGGGUGGGGAGGUUCAGAUCCAGCUCCACUCGGCCCCCCUGGAGCUCUCUCCCUCCGCCGGGGCCCUUGGCUGAGGGCUGAUUCCACCAGGUGCUCUGUGGGAGGAGCCUCGUGCCGAGAGCCUCCAGGCUCCCAGCAGCCCUUUGACCGGGAGCUGUGGGUGCGGACUGGAACGUGGCGCUCUCUGCCUCCAAACUGGGAGCAUCACUGUGACAGCCAGAACCAGAGCUGGAAGAGGCCUCGGAACCUCCAAUUCCCCUGCCCCUGACCUGCAGGUAUCGGAAUUGUGUUUACACUUACAGGAUUCUGCCCAAUGAGGAUGAUAAAUUCACCGUUCAGGCGUCCGAAGGCGUCCCCAUGAGAUUCUUCACCAAGCUGGACCAGCUCAUCGAGUUUUACAAGAAGGAGAACAUGGGCCUGGUGACCCACCUGCAGUACCCUGUGCCGCUGGAAGAGGAGGACGCGUGCGAUGAGCCAGAGGAGGAAACAGAAGGUGUCCUGUCUCCACCCGAGCUGCCACCCAGAAACAUCCCCUUAUCCGCCUCGCCCUGUGAGACCAAGGAGGCCCCUCUCCCAAGCGAGCAUCUUCGAGCCGCCGAGGUCAGCCGGCCGAGCCUCUCGGAGACCUUGUUGCAGCGACUGCAGAGCAUGGACACCAGUGGGCUUCCAGAAGAGCACCUGAAAGCCAUCCAGGAUUAUGUAAGCACCCAGCUCACCCUGGACUCUGAUUUUGCCAAGUCGGGCUCCUCCAGUCUCCCUCACCUGAAGAAACUGACCGCGCUCCUCUGCAAGGAACUCUAUGGCGAAGUCAACCGGACCCUUCCUUCGCUGGAGUCUCUGCAGAGGCUGUUUGACCAGCAGCUCUCCCCGGGCCUGCGUCCGCGUCCUCAGGUGCCUGGCGAGGCCAAUCCGAUCAACACGGUGGCCAAGCUCAGCCAACUGACGAGCCUCCUGUCCUCUAUCGAAGAUAAGGUCAAGGCCUUGCUGCACGAGGGGCCCGAGGCCUCCCACCGGCGUUCCCUCAUCCCGCCCGUCACCUUUGAGGUGAAGUCAGAAUCUCUGGGAAUCCCUCAGAAAUUGCAGCUCAAAGUUGACGUUGAGUCUGGGAAACUGAUAAUUAAGAAGUCCAAGGAUGGCUCUGAGGACAAGUUCUACAGCCACAAGAAAAUCCUGCAGCUCAUCAAGUCUCAGAAGUUUCCCAACAAGUUAGUGAUUUUGGUGGAAACAGAGAAGGAGAAGACGCUGCGGAAGGAAUACGUGUUUGCGGACUCCAAAAAGAGAGAAGGCUUCUGCCAGCUCCUCCAGCAGAUGAAGAACAAGCACUCGGAGCAGCCGGAGCCCGACAUGAUCACCAUCUUCAUCGGCACCUGGAACAUGGGUAACGCCCCCCCUCCCAAGGAGAUCACGUCCUGGUUUCUCUCCAAGGGGCAGGGAAAGACGCGGGACGACUCCGCCGACUACAUCCCCCAUGACAUCUACGUCAUCGGCACCCAGGAGGACCCCCUGGGGGAGAAGGAGUGGCUGGAGAUCCUCAAACACUCCCUGCAAGAAAUCACCAGCAUGACGUUUAAAACAAUCGCCAUCCACACCCUCUGGAACAUCCGCAUCGUGGUGCUGGCCAAGCCAGAGCACGAGAACCGCAUCAGCCACAUCUGCACCGACAACGUGAAGACAGGCAUCGCCAACACGCUGGGGAACAAGGGCGCUGUCGGGGUGUCAUUCAUGUUCAACGGCACCUCCUUGGGGUUCGUUAACAGCCACCUGACUUCCGGAAGUGAGAAGAAACUCAGGCGAAACCAGAACUAUAUGAACAUUCUGCGGUUUCUGGCUCUGGGAGACAAGAAGCUAAGUUCUUUUAACAUCACUCACCGCUUCACCCACCUCUUCUGGCUCGGGGAUCUCAACUACCGCGUGGAGCUGCCCACCUGGGAGGCAGAAACCAUUAUCCAGAAGAUCAAGCAGCAGCAGUACGCAGACCUCCUGUCCCACGACCAGCUGCUCAUGGAGCGGAAGGACCAGAAGGUGUUCCUGCACUUCGAGGAGGAAGAAAUCACCUUUGCGCCCACCUACCGUUUUGAGAGGAUGACUCGGGACAAAUACGCCUACACUAAGCAGAAAGCCACAGGGAUGAAGUACAACUUGCCCUCCUGGUGUGACCGAGUCCUCUGGAAGUCUUACCCCCUGGUGCACGUGGUGUGUCAGUCCUAUGGCAGCACCAGCGAUAUUAUGACAAGUGACCACAGCCCUGUGUUUGCCACCUUUGAGGCAGGAGUCACCUCCCAGUUUGUCUCCAAGAACGGCCCUGGGACAGUCGACAGCCAGGGACAGAUCGAAUUUCUCAGGUGCUACGCCACCCUGAAGACCAAGUCCCAGACCAAAUUCUACCUGGAGUUCCACUCAAGCUGCUUGGAGAGUUUCGUCAAGAGUCAGGAAGGAGAAAACGAAGAAGGAAGCGAAGGGGAGUUGGUGGUGAAGUUUGGCGAGACCCUUCCCAAGCUGAAGCCCAUCAUCUCGGACCCCGAGUACCUGCUGGACCAGCACAUCCUGAUCAGCAUUAAGUCCUCUGACAGUGACGAAUCCUACGGCGAGGGCUGCAUCGCUCUACGGUUGGAGGCCACAGAAACUCAGCUCCCCAUCUACACACCUCUCACCCACCACGGAGAGAUGAUGGGCCACUUCCGGGGGGAGAUCAAGCUGCAGACCUCGCAGGGCAAGACGAGGGAGAAGCUCUACGACUUUGUGAAGACGGAGCGGGAUGAAUCCACUGGGCCCAAGUCCCUGAAGAGCUUCACCAGCCACGACCCCAUGAAGCAGUGGGAACCUACCAACAGGGUCCCUCCGUGCGGCGGCUCUAGCAUCACUGAGAUCAUCAACCCCAACUACAUGGGGGUGGGGCCCUUCGGGCACAUGAAGCAGACUCUGUCCCCCGACCAGCAGCCCACGGCCUGGAGCUAUGACCAGCCCCUCAAGGACGCCUCCCUGGGGGCGGGAAGGGGAGACAGCCCUCCAACCCCACCCUCCCAGCCACCUGUAUCACCCAAGAAGUUUUCAGCAUCCACAGCAAGCCGAGGCCCCGGGCCCAGGACACAGGAGUCAAGGCCCGGCGACGCGGGGAAGAGCGCGGGGGACGCCUUGCCUGCCGAGGACCUGCAGAUGACCAAGCCCGAGAUGUUUGAGAACCCGCUGUAUGGGUCUGUGAGUUCUUUCCCCAAACUGGUUCCCCGGAAGGAGCAGGAAUCGCCCAAGAUGCUGAGGAAGGAGCCCCCGCCCUGCCCGGACCCGGGCAUCCUGUCACCCAACAUCCCGCUCUCCAAAGCCCAAGAGGCGGAGGGCAGCAAGGGCACCGGCAAGCCGGCGCCCGCGCCCGCGCCCCCGCCCUUCCUCAGCCCCACGCCCCGCCUCCGCUCCUUCACCUGCUCGUCCUCCGCCGCCACCGCCGAGGGCCGCCCGGCAGGCGGGGACAAGAGCCAAGGCAAGCCCAAGGCCCCGGCCGGCCCCCAGGCCCCGGCCCCGGUGCCCGUGCCGGUGCCGGCCAAGCGGCCCAUCAAGCCUUCCAGGUCGGACCUGAGCCAGCCGCUCCCGCCCACGCCGGCCCAGCGGCCGCCGCUCCCGGUCAAGAGCCCGGCCGUCCUGCACCUGCAGCACUCCAAGGGCCGCGACUACCGCGACAACGCCGAGCUCCCCCACCACGCCAAGCACCGGCCCGAGGAUGCCCCGGUCAGCAGGGCCGCCAUGCAGUGAAGUCCCGUGAGCUGCCCGUGAGACGGGAGCCCAGAGGAGCAGCAGGAUGCCGCUGGGACCCUCUCCCGGAACCUCUGUUCACGCCUCCUACCCAGCUUCCCACCAGGGCUUCGUGUUUUUCAGGAGGGGGGCAGCUUCUGUGGUCGGCGAGGUGCACUGGCUGCGAAACGUGGCCCUCAGUACUGAGGCUGGAAGGGAAACACACCUGACAGCACCAGCACCCCCGCACCCCCGGGCCCCCAGCUUGAUCUUGGUACUUGGGACCCAAGAGCCUCGUUCCGGUCGCCGUUUUGAAGAAAGGAAUUCACGUGCUGAUGCAUGGGUGGAGAUAUGAAUAAUAAUAAUAAUAAUAUUAAUAAUAAUAGCUGCCCGUAUGGAGCACUCAGCCCUGCCAGGUACCAUGCUAAGUGCUUUACGGACAUGGUUCGUUGUCUUCCUCAGCCAACUAAAACCACAUUCCCAGACCCCUCAGUUCGAAACAGGAUGUCCUGAGUGGUUUGGACAGAGCAUUAAAAAUGAAGGCCAGCGACGUGAGUGGUUAAUUUAGGGUACAGUGAGCCUGGCCUUGUCUAGCUUCCGUGGUGCAGAGUGCUUUAGCUAAAGCCGCAGGGGUCCGCCAGAGCCGGCGUGGAGCACAGGACUUUCCUAGUUCUUGAGUCGGACGGAGAAAGAAAAUCAGCUCCUCCUCUCCGGUGGACAGAUCCAGCUGAGACGGGCGACGCACAGGCCCUCCUCCAGGUGGGCAGCCACCUCCAGGCCACGGGCUGAGCUGAUCCUCCAGAGCCUUAUCUCAUCCAGCUGGAAGCGUCUUUGCCUUGUUGCCCCCGAAAGCCAGCUCUCGCCUCCUGCCUGGAUGCCCGGGAGGCCAGGCCUCUCGGUCCCCGGCUCUCAAAGCAACGCAGCCUUUUCUUUUCCGAGCUCUGUGGCUUUUCGGCCCUGCUUCCUCAGUUACUGGGCGGAUAGACUAGUGAUGUCUUUUCUUGUGUGGCUUUUGGAUAUAACAGAAGUAAUGUAGGCAGCCCAGUCCAGCCCAUCUCCUGUGUGUGUGACCAGGAGAAGGGGGACGCGGCCCACAUCGCCACAUGCGUCGCUCCGUGUGACCAAUAAAUUGUGUCUUUCUCACUCA